UUUUUGGGAAUUUUAUAGUGAAACUUCCUAGACAAUCUAGCAGAUAUUGUCAUGUAAUUUUUUCAAACAUUUCUGAAAAAUUAGAAAAUAUGAAAGCAGUUAAGAAAAAAUUAAUUAAUGGCAAGCCAAUUGUUAUUAAGCCACCAAAACCAUUAGAUUUACAAAACAAAAAGCCCAGGCAAAGAAAACUUGUUAUGCCUGAUCCAACAGAGAAUUUAGAAUUUGAAAAAUACAUAUUUGUCUCUAACAUACACGAUCAAACUAGCAUUCAUGAAAUUAAACAAGCAUUUCCUGGAUCCGUAACGAUUGGUUUAAUACAAAAGAAAGUAGAUGGCCCAAGGCAAGCACGAGUAAAAAUAGGAUCAUCCGAAUUGUGUUCAUAUUAUGUAAGAAAUCAAUCGUCAUGGCCAAUUUUCCAUGGAAAAAAAGUUACCGUAACAUAUUCGCAAAAAAAAAAGAUUACUAAGAAGCAGAGACAAAUGAAGAAGUUAAAUAUGAAUUAUCAUACAUUCCCAAAAUAUGUUUUAGAUGUGGUAAAAGAUAAAAUUAAAAAUACUGAUAAUACGGAGUUGCAUCAGCAAGAUAUAAAAAUAAAUAAAAAAGAUUCGGAUAAGGUAACUUAGUAAAUUUAGGAACAUUGUAAUAAAAGGCAAUAAAAUAACUUUAUCAAAUUU